GGUUAAUUUCACAAAUGGCCAUUGAACUUAUCUAAAUAUCUCAAAACGGUCACUGAAGUUUAAAACUUACAGAGACGGUCACUCAACUUACGGAUGCUUUCACUAACGGUCACUGAAGGACCUUUAUGAUUUUAAUUCAAACUUAAAGGAUCAAAACACUUGAAGAUAAAACCUUGAAGACCAAACCGCUCUAACCAAAAAUUGCCAAAUUCCUCCCACCACCACCAUAUUUCACCAGCGCCGAAAAUUAACAAAUUCGACAACCAGACCACCGGAUUUACCAUCGGAUUUUUACACCACCAACACAUCCUCAUCCCUCUCCAUAAUAUUAUACCAAAAAUUAACCAAAACACAUCAAAAGUCAAAUGAAAUUCAAGUUAAAAAAACCAUCCAUACCGUCGGAAAUUGCCUCUAAUCCGGCCAACCCAUCAUCACCCAUGCCAAAACUCCAUCACAGGCUGUUAGUAUUCCCCAAGACGAACAGGUACAUGGUCCAUACCAUUAUAAAACAAUUUAAAUCAAAAUCUAACUCUACCAGUUCUCCGACAAUGACAACGAACUUUCUACCCUAAUUUUCGGCGCUGGCGAAAACAAUUAUGGUCGCGCACCACCACCAUUACCUUCUACUCAUCAUGCCGAACAAGAUGCAUAUAUGGGUCCUCAUCAAUUUAUCUCGAAUUGCCCGGAAUUGGAGGCAAUUUUCGGCGGUAGUAUUCUUUCAAGUUUGAAAGAUGGACGACUAUCAGGAAAUGGAAAGAUUUGGUAUGGAGAACGAUUAUGAUGAUGGUCAGUGGAUUGGUGGUGAAUUUUAUGGCAAGCGCAAAAAGAAAGCUACUCAGACCAAAGAUGACAUCCUCUAUGGUGUAUUUGCCUCCGGCGACAGCGACUCCGACUCCUAUGAAGGGUCGGGCUCAAAGAAGCGGAGGAAAGAUCUAUCCAAGAAGCCCAACUUCGCCAAGCCGGUCAGUUUCGUUUCCACUGGCACCGUCUUGCCCAAUCAGGAGAUUGAUCACAAUUCCUUGGAGGAGAAUAAAGUGAUCGAGGAAGAUGUCGUGAGACCUGCAGGUUUGGGUCUUGGAUCUACUGCUGGCCUGGGAUUUGACUCUGCCACUUCAAAGAAUGCUAUGGAUGAUGGGGUAUAUACUCAGGCGGACCGGGAAGAAGAAGAAGAUUUCCUGCCCACUGCUUUUGGAAAGAAGAUCAUGGAAGGUGCCCAACUGCGACGAGAAAAAGAAAAAGAGAAGUCCAGGCUAGCCAAGAAGUCUUCUCUAGCAGGAAGGAAAGAAUUGGAGCCGGGAGAUGUAGGUUCAUUUGAAAAGCAUACCAAGGGAAUUGGGAUGAGAUUGCUUGAAAAGAUGGGCUACAAAGGAGGUGGCCUUGGUAAAAAUGAGCAGGGAAUUGUAGCUCCCAUUGAGGCUAAGUUGCGCCCUAAGAAUAUGGGGAUGGGUUUCAAUGACUAUAAAGAGGCUAGUCUGCCAGCAUCGCAGGAACCAGAGCAAAAAUCCUUGCCUCAUUCCACUCAACCUACAGAGGGUGCUGCAAAAGGGAAGCUUUGGUCAAAGCAAGCUCAUAUGAAGAAGAAGGUUUAUGUGACAGCUGAAGAACUACUGGCCAAGAAGCAAGAGCAGGGUCUUGAAGUUGUUCAGAAGGUUUUUGACAUGAGAGGACCACAGGUUCGUAUAGUGACAAAUUUGGAGCACUUGAAUGUUGAAGAAAAAUCCCGGGAAAAUGAUGUUCCCAUGCCUGAGCUCCAACAUAAUGUCAGAUUGAUUGUUGAUUUAGCUGAGCUUGACAUACAGAAGCUAGAUAGAGAUCUGAGGAAUGAGAGGGAGACUGUGGUUGCUUUGCAGAAGGAAAAAGAGAAACUGCAAACUGAGGUGCAUCACCAAAAGAAACAACUUGAUAGCAUGGAAGAGGUAGUGCGUGUAUUGGACCGAAUAGGCGAGGAGAGCUCAUCUGGGACACUGACAUUAGACUCCCUUGCUAAAUCAUUUGCUGACUUGCAGAGGAGAUUUGCUGCUGAUUAUACAUUAUGCAACUUAUCCUGUAUUGCAUGCUCUUACGCGCUGCCGUUGUUUAUUAGAAUAUUUCAGGGAUGGGACCCCCUUCAGAAUCCAACACAUGGAGUUGAGGUGGUAUCCCUGUGGAAGAACUUGUUGCAAGGAAAAGACUCCAACAGUUUUUCUGAUAUUGCAUCACCUUAUACUCAGCUUCUCAUGGAAGUUGUCUUCCCUGCUGUGAGGAUAUCUGGCACCAACACUUGGCAAGCAAGGGACUCGGAGCCCAUGCUUAGGUUUUUGGAGUCUUGGGAAGAACUACUUCCUCCUCUUGUCUUACAAACAAUACUGGAUAACAUUAUCAUGCCAAAGUUGUCAGCUGCUGUAGACUCAUGGGAUCCACGUAGAGAAACCAUCCCAAUCCAUUCUUGGAUUCAUCCAUGGUUACCUUUAUUGGGGCAGAAACUGGAGAAUUGUUAUCACACCAUACGAAGCAGGUUGGCUAGUGUUCUUCAUGCUUGGCACCCGAGUGAUAAGUCUGCAUACUAUAUAUUGUCCCCUUGGAAGUCUGUGUUUGAUCCAACCAGCUGGGAGCAACUGAUGGUUCGAUACAUAGUUCCCAAGUUAUUAGCUGUCAUGCAUGAGUUUCAAAUAAACCCUGCGAAUCAGAACCUUGAUCAGUUCUACUGGGUUCUAAACUGGGCAACUGCCAUUCCUACUCAUCACAUGCUGCAGUUAAUGGAUAUUUUCUUCAACAAAUGGCAAGAAGUCUUGUACCAUUGGCUACGUUCAAACCCAAACUUUGAAGAAGUUACCAAAUGGUAUUUAGGUUGGAAGGAACUUCUUCCACCAGAACUUCAGGCGAAUGAGCAUGUUCGAUAUAGACUUAAUCUUGGUCUGGACAUGAUGAACCAGGCUGUGGAAGGCAUGGAGGUGUCACAACCUGGUCUGAUAGAGAACAUGAGUUAUCUAAGGGUGCGUGAACAGAGGCAAUUUGAGACUCAGAAAAAAGCAGCUGUUCAAGCUCAACAAUGGGCCUAUACAAAUAUGGGUAGUGGAAUUCAAAAAGAGGGUCUGAGCUUGAAAGAAGUUAUUGAAUUUCAUGCUCAGCAAAAUGGUUUACUGUUCAAGCCUAAACCUGGCAGAACACAAGAUGGGCAUCAAAUUUAUGGCUUUGGUAACAUAAGCAUAAUAGUCGACUCCAUCAAUCAAAAGGUAUUUGCACAAACUGAGGACAAAUGGUCUCUGGUAUCCCUUGAGCAGCUGCUGGAGCUGCACAAUCGUUCUAUUUUGAAGCGACGCUGAGCCUCCAAGUAAUUGAGAGUAAUUUUGGCAUUGAAAGGAAGUGGGAGUAACAUAAGUUUGUUGUUAGGCUGCAGGUUUCUUGAUUAUGUAGAUCUUUUUCACGAAUGCAAGUCAUCUGAACCUAGGAUAUUAUUUUGCCAUUUAGCUGCUCCUUUCGGUUAAAGAUUUUUGUAUUUGAAUACUUAAGGAUGAAUUUGAUACUCUGAAAUUGAAAAAUCAAGUUUGACCUAAAUAUUUGUUUUUUUUUCCCCCUAGAUUUAUAAAUCUAAUGGAUGGGGUUGUCAGCGAUGUUCGUUUACUGUGUCGUUACAUAAUACUGCAAUGUGUAAUUUGAUCA